AUGGAUCCCUAUUCUGCCCAGAGCAGCCCUACCCUUCGAGAUCCUAUAUCAUUUGCCAUAUCAAGCCCUUCUCCUAAACAGUCUUUCGAUAUCCAAGCUGCUCUUGAGAAAAAGAUGGCUUCCUCUGACGGCUCGGAUUCUUCGCAGACAGCGCCAGUUGAUGCUCAAUCGCCUACAGACGAGGGGUUCUUUGACUUGCAACCCCCCGCCCCCAAAGCGAAUCGUGUAAAGGUUGAGGAUGUGAUGGCGAGUCUUUCUUGAUAUGAAGCAAACACAUUUGUUUUACUAAUUUAAUUAGGCAAGACUGCUGUCUGCCGAACAUCUGAACUUCAUACUAGGCGAUCAGUCUCUAUUCCAAAAGUUCACCACCUUCCUCAACCGUUUUCACGCCCAUAUGGUGCCCACCUUAAUCCGAUACUUGGAGAUGAGAAAAGCAGUGAAAGCAAUCGAGUUCGCCAACGCCAUUGCAAGACAAAUCCGUUGGCCUUCCCAUACCGAUUAUUGCAAAUUCAGUCGUGUUCAGGCCGGAGCUGUAGAUGUUCGCUUUGAGGAUUACGCUGCGAGGGAACUUUUACUGUUAUGUACUGAGGCUCUCCCUGCUUUCGUAACACAUGCACUUUUGGAGGUGGUCUCGGAUUGUGUGGCGAAGGAUAUCAUGGGUCAGGCUAUUCCGGUGGUGAAGGAUUUGGUGGGAAAUUUGGCGGAGGUCUUUUGUUUGACGGAUCCUUCGGUUCAUGAUAACCCUAUCAUAUUUGCUUCCGAAGGUUAGUCAAAUUUUGGUUUUGUUUUUCCGUCGAGAGGCAUAGCUGCCUGAACUUGAUUCAUUUUCAUGAUGCACUCUGACAGCUCGGCAGAGUUCCAUAGGACUACCCAAUACGGAACUUCCUAUGCUAUUAACCGAAAUUGUCGCUUUUUACAGGGCCCAGGAACCGACCAAAACACGGUGCUGAGGCUCUCUCAAGCCAUUACUCUCGGGCGAGAAUGUAACGAGGUUCUUCUGAAUUAGUAUGUUCCUUAUUUGAGUGCGAUCCCAGAAUAUACUAAUAACUUCCAGCCGCAGGGACGGAACUCCAUUCAUAAACCUCCUCAUGUCUGCCCCUCUCUACGAUGAUAGAGGAAGACUGAAAUAUUUUAUUGGCGCCCAAAUUGAUGUCACUGGCUUGAUUGAGCAUGGCAUGGGGAUCGAAUAUUUUAGAGCUCUGCUCCAGAAGGAACAGGAAUCCGAAGAAAGAAACUGCACCCCAAGAUACGAGGAUACGCAACAGUCUAAGAAUGCCAAAGAAACUCUUGAUAGACUUCAGGAGUUGAGUAUGAUGUUCAGUCAAGAGGAGGCAGAGGUUGUGAAAGGUAAUAGCCGCUGUGAUGAUGACAUUGAUGCCUGCUCCAUCAGAUCAGUGGUCCCAACGAGUAACCGAACUCGUGGGCCAGCACGAAGGAUAAUAGGGGCUGAGGAGCUUCCUGGAGAUGGAUUGAAUCUGUCGAAGUUGAACUUUCUUAACAAUCCUGAUGCUGGAAACACACUGCCUGGAGCUUAUCAGCAUGUAAGCAGUCCUGGUGUCCUUGGAAUACAUGGAUCUUUAACUAAUGAUACAAUAUAGUACCUACUGGUUAGACCAGACCCCUCACUACAAAUAAUCUUUGUUUCUCCGUCGCUUCGGUUACCUGGAAUUCUUCGAACCCAUCUUUUCUCCAAGCUUGGGGGUCCCGCUCAAACGAUUAAUGCUUUGCAGGACGCAUUUAGGGAUGGGGCUUCAGUGACAGCCAAGGUACUCUGGUUGCCAAAGAACGAGCGGGGACGAAGUGCAGCAGAAAAGCCCAGAUGGAUCAGAUGCACGCCUCUGCUAGGAUCCGAUGAUCGAGUUGGGGUAUGGAUGAUUAUUCUCAUCCCGGUUGAAACCCAGGUUAGACCUUUCGGAAGAAUGGAGCACGUAGGUGAAAUAGUCGACGAGGUGGAGAUUCAGAGAAAAAGACUGAAUGCUAUAUCGAUGGCUGGGUCGAGAGCGGGCAGUGUUGUGCCGCAUUCACGAACAGCGUCAAGAGAGGGAUUUGUUAGACCGGCUCCAAGGGAUACUAUGACCAGGCCGCCUACGAGGGAUGGUUUGAUAAGACCACCUACAAGGACAGGGUCAGUGGAGCCUAUUGUCAGGAGAUUGGAACCUUUAGAUAUGAACCCUAUAGGUUCUGGGACCCUCGGCAGAAUGAGGAGGGGGAGGCCGGAUGAUGGACUUGAACUCUAUGCAGAGUAUCUGAGGAGCUCAUCACCUGCGACUUCCACCUUCUUCAAUUAGCUAUAGGGAGGGUACUGGUAUCGGGACUUUCAUUUCUGUGUUUCCAUUUUCUGUGCUACUGCCAGUACUAGUACUACUUGUACCCCGGCACUUGCUUGCUUCUCGAUAUACCCAGUCCUCGCGGAAUUUUUUCCUUGUAACAAUGAUAGACCUUGUGUACUUGAUUUGUGUAAGGUGCAAACCUUUGACUUGCUUAGCGAGAGGAUUGAUUAGACAAAGAUUACAGAUUACCUCGAAUUGAUUACCGAAAACAGAAAAACAAAAGUUCUAAA